ACCUGGGAAUGGCUCUUCUCUAGUAAUUCUGUCUCCUGUAAAUUAGAUGCUUCGGCUCUUGUCCCUCUUUGCCCCAGUUACUCUCAUACUUCUCAGGUCUGAAAGUUUAAUUGAAGCUGUCAUUUCCAAGCUCCUCUCAGGCCAGCUGCUUUUCAUGUAGUGCAAAGUGGAAUCAUCAGCCACAGGUGUGUACUUGUCCUGCUUCUUGGGGGCUGCAACUGAGGCAGGUUAGGUCCUGCUGCCUGUGCUAUAUAACCAGCCCCACAGCACUUGCUGGCUGUUCUGUUGGAGGUUAAGAUGAUCCCAGAACCUUUGAAGAAACAUGGUCAUGCUGUUGCUUCUGGGGAAAAGCGAUCUAAGAGAAAGCCAAAGAGAAAGGAAGCAUUUUCAGUCUACAUUUACAAAGUACUGAAGCAGGUGCACCCCGACCUUGCCAUCUCCUCCAAGGCCAUGAGCAUCAUGAACUCCUUUGUCAAUGAUAUGCUGGAGCGCCUGGCUGUGGAGGCCUCGCGCCUGGCCCAGUACAGUGGCCGCACCACCCUCAGCAGCCGCGAGGUGCAGACGGCCGUCCGGCUGCUGCUGCCUGGCGAGCUGGCCAAGCACGCCGUCUCCGAGGGCACCAAGGCCGUCACCAAGUACACCAGCAGCAAGAGACCAACUGGGCCCUGCUGAGACCAACCCCGGCCCGCCACCUUCUCCUGCCAGAGAAGCGUUCGGUCUUACUCAACUGAAAAAGCAAAACCUCAUGUUGUC